GCCCCGGGCAAAUGGCCCCAAAUGGUCACCGUAUGCUCAAUAGCUUCAUUAAUGUAUGCCGCUUCCUUUGUAUCCCUCUGUCUCUUCGUCUCUUCGAUCAUAUGUUCGAUGUCCGGCCCGGGUCCAAGGAAACCCUUGGAUUCGUGGUUGUAUCCUCCCAUCAGGGCCGAGCGUUUCUUUGCGGCAUUCCUCCUUCCAACAAGAAGUGGAAGGACAAAUAUGUUUCUAUCAAAUUCCCCCUGGCUGCUUUCCCCUUCGCCCAAAAUGUCUGGGGGAAGAGAAUGAAACGCCAGGUCAAACCCCGGGAGGCCGAUGACUUAGUCGCCUGGGAGACCACUCUCCGGGCUAGGGACGCCUCCACUCGCGGUCUUUACAACGUCGGGAAGUGGGGAGUAUACCCCAGUCGAGAGACUGAUCCCGAGCCAGAGAUCAUUCUGGCACAGGCGAUCCCAAAUGUCAUCCCAAUCCGCCAGGUGAGAGGGUCCAAUUCCCCGGUCUCCGCCACCGCCGGUCCUUCACGCCUGGGGAAGAAGAAGGGGAAAGGUCCAACCCUACCGCCCUUCUCAACUCUCCUUUAUGUUAAUUACUCUUUACUUCGCAACUCUCAUUUACUAACCCGUUUCUAUCUUUUUGUCUCAGUGGUGAAGUUUAGCUCCAAGUUCGCCACCCCCAAACCCAUCGACGAGGAGCCUUCCACCGUCCAGCCCCUUAGCCAGCCCUUCUCCCUGGAUGAGCAGCCAGCCCAGUCUCAUCAGGGCACCAGCCAACCCAUCCACUCCGGGGAGCUCUACAUCAACGUAGACACCAUGGAGUUUGAGAACAUGCUGGGGGAGACCGGCUAUUCAUCGGAGGGCUGAGCCACUCUUCCUUAUUCUCUCCUAUCGGUCGAUGCACCAACAUAAACGAUUGCCGUAGGUGAUUCAAUCAAGACGACCACGAAGAAGUACUCAAAUUAGAUCCAAUCAAUUCCAGUCAAGGUUUAGAGUGAAAGUGUGAUUAACGAUGUUGUGGCUCGGAGAACUACGUAUUAUGGAAAAAUAAUGCAUUUGGAGUACUACAAAAGAGCUUAUUUGUUGCCAAUAAUGGAGGACAACUGACAAGCCAACUUGAAAAUUUAUUCAGAUAUUGUCUUCCUAGUUUACUGAGAAGGGUGAUGUCUAUUUAGGAAUUGCCCAACUAGUUUACUUGAGUUAUUUUAAUUCUCAAUUACAGUUAACAUUAUAUCAAACUAAUAUAAGUGGUCUAUAUAA